CAUGCGGCGGCUGGAGAAAGAGCAGCACGCUUCAGUGAGCGCUACAAAAAAAAAAAAACGGUGGACCUCCAACCACCUUCACAUGACUAGACUUGGAUUGAACCUCUUAUUGAUUACAUUUAUCCACCGUCGCUUCCCGGCAAGUUCAAGGUUACCGAGUGAAAGUCAACAUUAAACAGCACUCGUAUUUGCGUCAUUGUUUGUUUAGUGCUGUUUCGAUUAACCAGGGAAUUUAAAGAUCAAGGAUACUCACCAAAGACGGCUCCAACUGAACAUUAAAGUCCUGAGUUGUUCUCUUGUGGAGUUCGGUGCAGAAAGCUGUGUACUCUGGAUUAUCUGGCUCUCGCUGAGCUCUGCCACAGCUGGUGCAUAUCAUCACGGAGACUUUCACCAAACGCAUCCAGGUAGAAGAUGGCAUAGUCUUCUGGGUUCGUCACCUCCUCCUCAAAGCUGUGCAUGAUUUUAAAGAACGUCUGAAGAGGUCCGCAGAUGUACACGACUGCGGGAAGACGAGAGGCGUUGGACAGAGAGGACACAGGACACAGAACUCUAGCACCACGUAUAGAGGAGCUGUUCUUUAAGAGGGACGAGCUGAGUAAACAGAUCCAGCAGGAGGAAGAGGAGAAGACUCGUCUCCAGCAUGACAUCCGUGUGCUCACAGAGAAGUUAAACCGCGUGUCUGAGAGUCUGGACCGCCGCCUCACUACCCGCAGCGAACUAGAGCGGACCAUUGCUGAGACGGAGGCGGCGUACAUGAAGAUUCUGGAAAGUUCUCAGACCCUGUUAAGUGUUUUGAAGAAGGAGACUGGGAACCUCAGCAAAGCCACAGACCCCAGGAGCAGCAAAGAUCGUUUACUUCAAUAGUCGUUUUCUUUCUUUUACUCAUGCAGCAUUUAACCCUUUCAUAUCUUGAUAUUUUAGUAUUGAAUUGAUUUCCCUCUAUGACGAUGCACUGUAUUUAAAUAAAGAUUAUUUUUAGUGA